AUGGCCGUUCAGUCCAAACUGCUACCGCCCGAGCGCUCCAUCAAACAGAUCCUCUCGAGCCUAACAACUCUCUACCUCCGUCACCGCACCCGCAUCUCUCGCGCCGUCUAUCUAGCCCUCUUCGCAGCGCUCGCCAAGCGAAUCCAUAAUGCAAUCUCCGAACAGAAAGCCGCGACCCAGCAAGUCGAGCUCCGCCGACGGCCCGGCACCAGCAGUCUCGGCGACGAAGAACAACCCCGCAAGAAGCGAGUCGAGAUCAACCGCGAGUUCUUUAAGCAUUUGCUUCGCUUGCUGAAGAUCGUCAUCCCUGGGUGGCGGAGUAAGGAGCUACGCUUGCUGGUUAGCCAUAGUGUUUUCUUGGUCCUGCGCACCCUACUCAGUUUGUAUGUUGCUGAGUUGGAUGGAAGACUCGUGAGCAACUUGGUGCGCGGUAAGGGGAAGGAUUUCUUACUGGGCCUUGUUUGGUGGAUGAUUGUCGCUGUUCCUGCUACUUUUACUAAUUCUAUGCUCUCAUACCACCAAUGCAAGCUCGCACUGAGCUAUCGCAAGCGUCUUACUGAUUAUAUCCAUGAGAAGUAUCUGUCUAAUAUGACCUUCUAUGCUAUCUCCGCCUUGGACGACCGCAUCAAGAACCCCGACCAGCUUGUCACGGUCGAUGUGUCUCGUUUCUCGGAUAGUCUGGCUGAACUAUACUCCAACUUGGCCAAGCCGAUUCUCGAUAUGGCUAUUUACAACUACUCCCUGUCAAAGAAUGUGGGAGGAGAAGGAUUGUUCAUUAUGAGUCUGCUCGUGCAGCUGUCAGCCAACGUCAUGCGCAUGCUGACUCCGCCAUUUGGUAAAUACGUGGCGGAUGAGGCUCGCUUGGAGGGUGAGUUCCGGUUCUUGCACUCGCGGCUUAUCGAUUACAAUGAAGAGGUGGCUCUAUACCACGGCCACGAAGCUGAGAAGGAUACCCUGGAUAAGGGGUACUUUACUCUUAUCAAGCAUGUGAAUCGCAUUUUGCGCAGGAGACUGUAUCAUGGGUUCAUGGAGGAUUUUGUGAUCAAGUAUUUCUGGGGUGCUCUGGGUUUGGUUCUCUGCAGUGUGCCUGUCUUCUUCAAGAUUCCUGGACAGACCACUCACAGUAUGGGAGAUCACACAGAAAGCUUUGUCACGAACCGUCGGAUGUUGCUUUCCUCAUCAGAUGCCUUUGGCCGUUUAAUGUUCUCCUACAAGGAGAUUUCGGAGCUUGCUGGCUACACAUCGCGUGUCUCGUCUUUGUUGGAAGUUAUGGACGACCUCCUGGCUGGUCGAUUUGAGAAGAAGCUGGUAUCCUCUGCCUCUACCGAGGAGAAUGCAGCUGUGUUGUCUGGUCGAGGCGAAGUCAUGGAGAGCGACGCCAUCGAGUUCACCGACGUACCGAUUGUAUCACCAAAUGGAGACGUCUUGGUGCGCAAGUUGUCCUUCACUGUCCACCCUGGUGAGCAUCUCUUGAUUGUUGGACCCAACGGCUGCGGUAAAUCGUCUCUCUUCCGGAUCCUGGGUGGGCUCUGGCCGGUGUACGGAGGAACAGUGAAGAAGCCUCCCUUCCAGGACAUCUUCUACAUCCCACAGCGACCAUAUCUAUCCCGUGGAACUCUGCGGCAACAGGUCAUCUAUCCAGAUGGAGUUCGUGAGAUGCGUGCCAAGGGUAUCACCGACGCCGAUCUCUAUGACAUUCUUUCUGUGGUUGAGAUCGCGUCCGUCGUAGACCGCCCUGGAGGCUGGGAUGCAGAGGAAGAGUGGCGUGAUGUGUUGUCUGGUGGUCUCCAGCAGCGCAUUGCCAUGGCUCGUCUGUUCUACCACCGGCCCAAGUUCGCCAUCCUGGAUGAGUGUACGUCCUCAGUAACCUUGGAGAUUGAGAAGGUCAUGUAUGAGACGGCCAAAAAGCUGGGCACCACACUGAUGACAGUCUCACAUCGACGCAGCCUCUGGAAAUAUCACCAGAAGAUCCUGCAGUUCGACGGAGAGGGAGGCUAUAUCUUUACCGGUCUGGACUGGGAGCGGCGUCUGAAACUGGAAGAUGAGAAGGAAGAGUUGGACCUGCAGCUACGAGCGGUGCCAGAGCUGCAACGUCGGAUCGCCGAGUUGACAGCUAUCUAG